UCGAUAGUCCGAGCAGCACGUCCUGGGCCGACUUUCAGAUAUAUAAAAGAUGCCAGGUCCAGCUCCCCUGCUUGGCUGUUGCAUCGCAUUGUUUCUUUUGCCCUUCGCCGCGGUACUCCACCGAGCCUGCACACUGCCCCAACAUGUCGUCGCGCGCUGCCGAGCCCAAGGCCGAGGCGGCCUACGUCGACACUGUCGACCAUGGAGUCCAGGAGAAGAACAUCCCGCAGCAAUCCGAGCUUAUGGACGACAAAGCGCUCAUGACCGAUGCCCAGAACGCUGAGAACCGCGAGCAUGAGAUGACCCUCUGGGAGGCGGCCAAGGACCAUCCUAUGGCUUGCUUUUGGGCCUUCAUCUUCUGCUUCACCAUCAUCAUGGAAUCAUUCGACAUGUUCUUGAACGGAAACUUUGUAGCACUUCCCGCGUUCAAGAAACGGUACGGCGUCUACGUCGAAGGAUCUGGCUACACCAUCCCCACCAAAUGGCAGAGUUCCCUCUUCCAAGCCGGCCAAUGUGGCGCCUUUAUCGGCGUCUUUAUGGCUGGACCCAUCACCAAUCGUCUCGGCUAUCGCUGGACCACCCUCUUGGGCCUCGUUCUGAUGAACGCCACCAUCUUCAUAUCCUUCUUUGCCGACUCCCUUGCGGUGCUUGUCAUCGGACAAGCGUUUGAAGGUGUCCCGUGGGGAUUGUUCAUUGCGAACUCGCCCGCCUACGCCAGUGAGGUUGUCCCGCUCGUCCUUCGCGGUGCCUGCACAGCCACUCUCCAAAUGGCCUGGUCUAUCGGUAUGAUUAUUGUCGCCGCCGCCACCUUGGGCUUCAACAAACGAACCGAUCAGUGGGCUUGGCGAGGACCUCUUGCCUUGCAAUGGAUCUUCCCUCUCCCACUUAUGGUCCUCAUCUUUUUCGCUCCCGAGUCUCCAUGGUGGCUUAUUCGCCACGGACGCAAAGAGCAAGCCCUCCGCUCCAUCAAGCGCCUCGCUCGUAGGAACGGAACCCAAGCCAGCGCCGAGGACACACUCGCCAUGAUGGAACGUACCGUGCAGAUUGAAGCUCAUCACGGCGGUGAACCUUCCCUCCUCGACCUGGUCAAGGGCACCGACUUGAGGCGAACAAUCAUCACCUGCCUGAUGUACGCGUCCCAGAAUUUUGCCGGCAACCUGAUUGCCAACCAGGCAACCUUCUUCUUCGAGCAGGCCGGAAUGUCAACCGACUUCUCCUUCAAACUCAAUCUCAUCAACUCGUGUCUCCAACUCGUCGCCAACAUCCUCUCCUGGCCCCUUAGCGGCUGGCUAGGCCGCCGAACCAUCUACCUUGGCGGCACAGCCAUAAACAUCACUCUCCUCUUCCUCCUCGGCAUCUGCGCCUCCAUCCCCCAGAACACAGCAACCAACUAUGCCCAAGCCUGUCUCGGCGUCGUCAUCAGCUUCGUUUUCGCCGGCGCCAUGGGCCCAAUAUCGUACUCCAUCAUUGCCGAGACGUCCUCGGUCCGGCUGCGCGCGCUGAGCACUGGUGUCGGGCGUGCUGCAUACUACGCCGCUGAGAUUCCUAUGAUCUACCUCGCCUCGCGCAUGCUCAACCCGACUGGGUGGAACCUUGCCGGCAAGUGCGGGUAUAUCUGGGGUGGUACUGCCUGCGUCUGCUUUGUGAGCGCUUACUUUGGCUUGCCAGAACUCAAGGAUCGGAGUUAUCGUGAGCUGGAUAUCUUGUUUAAUCGCAAGGUUAGCGCGAGGAAGUUCAAGUCGACUGUUAUUGAUGUUACGGAGAAUGAGUAAGGCUUGCGGGCAGUGAACUGAUGGACGACGAACCGACGACGCGAUCUGCUUUGAACGGCGCCCGUCUUCCGUGGACUUGGUCAAUCCGAAAGGAGCACGGUAGACGUGGCGAGCACGUAUCGUUGUAUAUAGCCUUUCUUUUCUGA